UUCGCAUGUUCACAUAACUGGUUUUAUAUGCAAGGAAUUGUGAAUAGAAAGUCCCCUGUGCUAUAAGGAGAGAAAAUUUCAAUUGCAUAAGUUGUGCAUCAUAACGGAGAGGGAGCUAACGGGAGCUUAAUGUGUGCAUAGUGCAUUGUGCAACUACUGCAGAUUGAUCAAAACAUUCAAAGGAAGAGUUGCUUUGCCAGAAAGCAAGAAAUAGAAAACAUCAACAUUGUUUAUGUUCAGGAAUAUUUGGCAGAGUCGUUGUGCUGAGUGGAUUCACAAUGGAAAGUGCUAGUAAAUCUGCAGUAAGAUUCACUUUCUUAUUAUGGAUACUGAGCCUCCUUUUUUUUAAAAUAGGUGCAAGAAGACCUAGACCGGUGAAAUGCCCUGAAAGUUGUAUAUGUACUGAAGAAACCGCCCAGUGUGACAACGGAAAAUUGAUUCCUCUGAGUUUUCCCCCUGAAAUAAUUCAUUUGUCAUUCAUGAAGUCCGGUUUCAGUGAAAUUCCAGAAAGAAGUUUUGUGAACAUAAAAUUCCUCCAGCUUCUUUUGUUUACUUCAAACACAUUUUAUUCGAUUGCUGAUGAUGCAUUCAAAGGUCUGGAUCACCUGAAAUAUCUUUUUAUAGAGAACAAUAAAAUCCAGUCCAUUUCAAGGCACGCUUUCCGAGGCCUCAGGGCACUUACUCAUUUAAGUUUGGCGAAUAACAAUCUUCAAACCCUUCCUAAAGACUUAUUCAAAGGCUUGGAUGCAUUAACUAAUAUAGAUCUUAGAGGCAAUUCUUUCCACUGUGAUUGCAAACUGAAAUGGUUGGUAGGAUGGUUGAAUAGCACCAACGCAACAGUUGAUCAGACCUAUUGUGCAAGUCCAGGGAAGUAUAAUGAAACAAAAAUAAACCACCUUCCACUGAAAGAAUUUGACUGCUUGACUGCAGAUUUUGUUGUUUUCCAGACCUUAAAAUUUCAGUCUUUGUCAAUUGAAAGCUUCACUUACAUGGACGAUAUUUAUGUAGCAAUUGCACAACCUGUGGCUGGGAACUGCGGCAUCCUUGAAUGGGAUCAUGUAGAAAUGGUCUUCAGGAGUUUCGACAACAUUACUGGCUCUUCCACAGUGGUCUGUAAACCAUUGAUCAUUGAGGGUCAGCUGUUUGUAAUUGUUGCCCGGCUCUUUGGUGGCUCUCAUGUAUACAAAAGGGAUAUUUCUGCCAACAAGUUUAUUAAAAUCCAGGAUAUAGAUGCUUUAAAAAUCAGAAAGCCAAAUGACAUUGAAUCAUUUCAAAUAGAUGGAGAAUGGUUCUUCAUUAUUGCUGAUAGCUCCAAGGGUGGGACUACAACUGUAUAUAAAUGGAGUGGAAAUGGAUUUUACUCACACCAAUCAUUGCAUCGUUGGUACAAAGAUAUAGAUGUGGAGUACCUUGAAAUAGCUAACAAACCACAUUUAAUCUUAUUAAGUCUUUUCCAACGUCCUAUUAUCUAUCAGUGGAACAAAGGGAAGAAAGAAUUUGUUUGGCGUAUUGAUAUUCCUGAGACAGAUAAUGUAUAUGCAGUUAAACAUUUUAAAAUUAAAGACAAUUUGUAUAUUUGUUUAACAAGAUUCCUUGGUGACUCCACAAUAAUGAAGUGGAAUGUCUCCAUGUUUGUGGAAGUACAGACAUUUCCAUCACGAGGAUCCAUGGUGUUGCAGCCACUUAAAUUAAAUAAAUGGCAGUAUGCCAUUCUGGGAAAUGACUAUUCAUUUACUGAGAUUUUUCAAUGGGACACCGCCAAAGGAAAAUUUAUGAAAUUUAAUGAAGUCAUCAUCCAAGCUCCAAGGGCAUUCACUUCUGUAUUGGCAGAUAACCGUGAGUUUCUGUUUGCCUCAAGUUUUAAAGGAAAUACACAAAUAUAUGAACACAUCAUAAUUGACACAAGUGGGACAUAAGAAUACUGACUUAGAGGUGUUCACAUACCAGAAGACUUCUUGAAACAACAGUAAAUGCACGUGUAUAACUGCAUUUGUUAAUGAAGUCCAUGCAUGAUUUUGUAAUGCUGUAUUUUAAAAUGAAAGCUGUUGUAAUUAACAUUGCAAGAAGAACAAUAUUCGCUGUUACUUUUCCUAAUCUUACAGUAAAGUAACAUGUGCAGCUCUUAAAACAGAUCAUCAUUGGAAGAAUUUAUACUUACUCAGUUGGCACCUCUAUGCAGAAUCUCACCAUAGGUGGGUGGGACAUGUCAAGGAUGGCUAUUAAAAUUUCUGGUAUUAUCGUGUUAAUAUAUGAUCAGUUAUGCUUGGUCACCUAAGGUUGCCUUAGUUCAUGCAACCACAUCUUAUCCCCAGAUGUGUUGAGUUACUAGAGGUCUGUAAAAUGGCCACUGAAGCAUCACCAUGUUUAUGGUUACAUGCACAAAUCAGAUAUUAAAUGUAUAUCACUUUUUUUUACUGUAGAUAGUAAGACUAAAUAUAACAAGGAUCAAAUUGCUUAGGUCACUUUAUGUAGUGAAAUCAUAAUGAUGCUUUUCUGAAUUGAUUUAUAUUGUCACUUACAUGGACCAGAAUAACUCUUCACCAUUUCACAUCCCCUUUCCUCAUUCCCAGUCAUUGCCAUGACUUAAGCCCAGAAAUUACUGUUGAUAUUAUCAGUGGAUGAAUGGUUAAUGCAUUCAUGUGACAUUCAUCUGUUUACUAUUUUAAGAGAGACUAACACACUUAAAACAUCAUGUUAGUUCUGUAUUAAAAUAAAAGAUGGAGACUGCCUUAUGAUUGCAUUAAAUGUUAGUCCAUAGAUAUCACAAAUAGGCUUUUAGCAUGUAAGUUAUUAUAGAAAUCUAUGUCUAAACAUACUGGGUUCAAUUUCUGCUGUUAUUCUGCAAUUUGAAUGCCUCUUCUGCUGAAGUUAUGGUUGGAUAAAUGGGAAAGACCAGUGGAAAUUCACUAACUGGAAUUGUAAUAAUUUUCUAAGAUUGCUGUAUAUGUUGUGUAUGCUGUAUAUGUAAAAUCUCAGCCUUAUUACAAAUCCAUUGCCUUUGCUUCUUUUAAAGUUAUAAGUAGAUCGCUAGUUUUAAAAAUAUAUGCUUUCCUCUGAAGAGAGGGGAUUCCCAACAUCUGCCAUAUUUACAGCUGUUUUCCUGUGAGCUUCAGAUAUCACCGCCAAAUAUCCUUAUCAUGUAAUUGGAAUAUUCUGCAUUUGUUCAGAAGAGAUAUUGAUAAAUCCUGAUAAAUUAAAAAACCUCUCAUAAAUGAUAAUACUUAUGCUGAUUUUGAGUUGGAGUUCACAUCAUUUUGAAAGAUGCCCCCUCAGAAGUUGAAUUUAGAGAACUAUAAUUAAAGAACUACUUAAGAAAUAACAGUGACCUUUGAAGAACUAAACUACUCAUAACUGCUCAAUGAUCAAAUGCUUGCUAACCUGGCAAAUACAGACUGUAAAUAUUUAGUAACUUAUCAAUUACAGUGAUAAACAUUAAAAUGUUAGCCCAUUUUUGAUUCUAUGUGUAACUGUGUUGUACAAAUUCAAAAUAAUUGUCUAAUAAAUGAAUUUACCAAUGCA